UGAAAUUAGAAAUCUUAGAAACUUGGAUUACAUAGAUCCAGAUGCCUUUAAGAACCUCCCACUUUUGAAAUACCUUGGUAUUUUUAAUACUGGACUCAAAGCAUUUCCAGACGUCACCAAAAUCUCCUCAUCUGAUGUUAACUUCUUACUCGAAAUCGCAGAUAAUCCUUUCAUGACUUCAGUGCCUGCAAAUGCUUUCCAUGGGCUUUGUAAUGAAUCUCUAACUCUCAAACUCUACAAUAAUGGUUUUACCAGCAUCCAAAGCCAUGCUUUUAACGGGACAAAUCUGGAUGCUAUCUAUCUGCACAAGAACAAAUACCUGGAAGUUAUCAAUGAUGAUGCAUUUCUGGGAGUGCACAGUGGACCAACUCUAUUGGAUGUCUCCAGAACAGCCGUUGCUAACCUUCCAGCCAAUGGACUGGAAAACCUUAAAGAACUAAUGGCCAAAAAUACAUGGACUUUAAAGAAAUUACCAGCUGUAAAGAUAUUUGUUCAGCUAAUGCGAGCUGACCUGUCAUAUCCAAGUCACUGCUGUGCUUUCAAAAGCUGGAAAAAAAACAGCGACAUCCUAGAGUACCUGAUAUGCAACAAGAGCAGCAGUCACAGCGUUCGUAAGAGAAGAUCACUCAGAGCUCCCAGAGGCCCAUUUUACCAGGAAUAUUCAGAAGAAAACACAGACCACACCAACACUGUGUACGGCAAGAAUACCAGCUUCACAAAUUUUCAUGAAAAUUCCUAUUAUUACAUGUUCUUUGAAGAGAACGGAGAAGGAAAUCUUGGGUUUGGCCAAGAGCUCAAGAACCCUCAAAUGGAAGAUGUCCAGCCCUUUGAGAGUCACUACGACUACCCUGUCUGUGGAGGCAGCGAGGAUGUAAUAUGCACUCCGGAGCCUGACGAGUUCAAUCCCUGUGAGGAUAUAAUGGGCUAUCAGUUUCUGAGGAUUGCGGUGUGGUUUGUGAACCUGCUGGCCAUCCUAGGUAACAUGUUCGUCCUCUUCAUCCUUCUCACCAGCCACUACAAGCUGACCGUGCCCCGCUUCCUGAUGUGCAACCUGGCCUUCGCCGAUUUCUGCAUGGGGCUAUACCUCCUCCUGAUCGCCUCAGUCGACCUGCACACCAGGUCGGAGUACUACAACCACGCCAUCGAGUGGCAGACGGGGCCCGGCUGCCACACGGCNGGCUUCUUCACCGUCUUCGCCAGCGAGCUCUCCAUCUACACGCUGACGGCCAUCACCCUGGAGCGCUGGCACGCCAUCACCUUCGCCAUGCGCCCCGACCGCAAGAUCCGCCUCCGGCACGCCGCGGCGGUCAUGCUGGGGGGGUGGCUCUCCUGCUUUCUCCUCGCCCUUCUGCCGCUGCUCGGAGUCAGCAGCUACAGCAAGGUCAGCAUCUGCUUGCCUAUGGACACGGAAACACCGGUGGCCGAAGCCUACGUCGUCUUCAUUUUGAUAUGCAACAUCAUUGCUUUUGUCAUCAUCUGCGCCUGCUACGUAAAAAUCUACCUAACUGUGCGAAACCCGCAGUACAAGUCAGGGGACAAGGACACCAAAACUGCCAAGCGGAUGGCUGUGCUGAUUUUCACGGACUUUCUGUGCAUGGCUCCCAUCUCUUUCCAUGCUUUGUCCGCCAUUAUGAACAAACCACUGAUAACUGUCACCAAUUCCAAGAUCUUGCUGGUACUCUUCUACCCGCUCAAUUCUUGCGCCAACCCCUUUCUUUAUGCCAUUUUCACCAAAGCUUUCCGAAGAGAUGUGUUUAUCCUGCUUAGCAAGUUCGGUAUAUGUGAGCAUCAGGCUCAAGUCUACAGAGGUCAGACGAUCUCAGCCAAAAACAGCAGCAGCUCCUCUGGGCAGAGAAUUGGCCGAGGAGUAGGUCAGAUUCUUACCGGCAUUCAAGAGCCAGUCAGCAAUUACCUUCCUGCCAUGACAAUGCAGAACCAAAUUCUCGUGGAAGAAUGCAAGCAAACGGAGCUAUAA